GUUAAUGAGAAAGAAACAAGAAAACCUUGUACGAGGACAUCGUAGACAAUCUGUCCUUCUCACAGAAUCAGAGCUUCAAGACCUACGAGCAAGACAACGAACAUUUGAAGGUGCUUACUGGAGAACAUCUUUAGCAGCGUUUUCUACAGGUCUUUUGAUAUUGAAAGUGUUUACUCGAGAGUUCUAUAAAAUUGGUAUUACUUUUUUUGUGUUUGGAUUAGCUUUAUUGGCCAUAGCACUUUGGCGAAGAAGAACGGCUGGAGAUGUGUUUGACUUGUCUAUACCCUUUCGUACGAGUGGCAACUGGGUGCUUUUAACAACUGUGGCUACUCUAGCGACCUAUAUUGUCCUUUUUAUCCUUUUAUUGAAUUUGUAAAUAACUAUUGUUCUCUUUCUAAUUAUUUGAAUAAAUAUUAAAUAUAUUCUUGUCAA